GGCAAAUUGUCACUGUCACUGUCAUCAUUGUUUAUAGAUAGUUUAACGUUUAAACUUUAAAUAUUCUUCCGUUACAAGAAGUUUUAUUCUUAGUUAAGUGACGUUUAAAACGAUUUAAAAGAAUGAUUAAACUACCAUCUUGGACUGGUGGAACAGAUGAGGAAUAUGAAACACAAUACUUUGGUUUUGGAGCCCAAAGGCUUAAAAUUGCAGUGCGUCAAAUGGUUGAACAAAAAAUUAGGACAGGAGUAAAAGAUAUGGAAUCUUAUUUACAAGAGUCGUUAGAUCUUAAUGACAAGGAUAAGUUAACAUUAACACAUUCUUGUGACAAACUUAUACGGUUGUACUGUGAAGGGGCUGGACCUUCUUUGGAUAUAAUUGACGAAGAGAUAGAAAGAGUAAUAAAUAUACCUCCCUAUGUUCUCCUACCGGAAGAUGAAGUUCAGCUUGAGCAAGUGUCUGACGAUGAUUAUGAAAGGUUAAAGGAAGAGGUCGCAGCUUUAAGAAAAAGAGUAGAAAGAGGAGCUCUUAUAGAAGCAUUACUUACAGCAGAGGAGGAGGAAUUAUCAUCAGCAGAAAAGGUAUGUGAAAUUGCUAAAAAGGACAUGGAAGUGCUGGAUUUGUUGCAGAAAAAGUUAGAGACUAGUGAUAGUGCCAAAACUAUACAGAGUGAAGUCAAUUUUCUGUCUUCUAAUGUACCUUUUAUCCAGGAUAAAGAUCCAAAUGACAUAUUUGAAGAUUAAACAGUUUGUAUUUAAAAUUUGCUUAAAUAUUGUUAUUAAUAUAUUGUCCUCCAUUCUAUACUUGCUAAUAAAAUAAAUGUAUAAGGUAAAUAAAACAAUAAGAAAACA